GAAGUUAGUUCGUAAAACUCUUGAUUUUUCGGGGUACCCAAGAGAUCAUCAAAAUCAAUCGCACUUUCUAUAUCGAAAUCGUCGGACAAGAGAGCCGACAGAUCGUAGCCUAAAUCAAUACCAGAUUCAGCCAUUUUUCACAAUUCAAUGCACAGAUUUGUUUGUAUCAGUUAGGUUGUGUCGCUCGAUGUCAUAUCUCUUCUUAUCUGCCGACGUACUGUUUUAAAGACCGACAGCCAAACAUCAGCCGAAGUUUAUUCAAAUCGAACUCGAGACUGAGUUUCCCUCAUAACAAUGUCAUGGACAAAGUCGACUUUGCGCACGCAACAUACUUAAGUGGGAUUGGAACGCUCCCAUCUAUUCAAAAAUCGCGCUAUAAGCAAAAUUUUUGCAAACGAUUGAGACUCAGCUAAUUUAUUAAAAAAAAUAUGACACAUCAUUGCAAACAUGAAAACCAUCCAAACUAUUGUAUUCGCCACAGUUCUAGUGAAACUGGGACGACUUCAAGAAAAUAUCACUGAUUUAGAUGAAAAGUGGGAAAAGUUUAAGCAAGCAUACAAUAAAACCUAUUACGGAUAUCUUGACACAUCGAGGAAAUUAGCGUGGCAGUCUAAUGUAGAGAAAAUUAAGAGGCAUAAUGAAGAAGCCGAUAAAGGACUGCAUUCCUAUUACAUAAAGGAGAAUCAUUUAAGUGACAUGACCACGCAGAACUAUUUACAAAAAAUGGCAAAGCUGACCAAGAGCACCCAUCGCAAGGUCGACCCUGAAGUAGUGGGUGAUUUAUUCGAGCUCUUCCACCACAUCCCUGAAGAAGUAAAUUGGAUCGAAAGAGGAUUCGAAACACCAUCGUACAAUCAGAAAGACUGCGGCUCUUGUUACGCUUUCAGUAUAGCCAGUGUAUUACAAGCCCAAAUUUUUAAACAAACAGAGAAAUUGGUACCCUUAAGCGAGCAACAAAUCAUUGAUUGUAGUGUCUCUAUGGGUAAUUAUGGAUGUGGAGGUGGUUCACUUAGAAACACUUUGAGAUAUUUGGAGAAAACAGGGGGGUUAAUGGCGUACAGUGAUUAUCCUUAUUUGGCCAGACAACAAAGAUGUCGCUUUGAUAAAAAUAGGGCUAUUGUAAAUUUAACAACUUGGGCCAUUUUACCUGCAAGGGAUGAAAGGGCUUUGGAAUUAGCCGUUGCUAAAAUAGGGCCGGUAGCAGCGUCGAUUAAUGCAAGUCCACACACUUUCCAACUUUAUCAUUCUGGUGUGUACGAUGACGUUGCCUGCAGUUCAAACCAUGUGAAUCACGCAAUGCUUAUUGUGGGAUAUACAAAAAAUGCUUGGAUUUUGAAAAAUUGGUGGGGUAAACAUUGGGGCGAAAAAGGGUAUAUGAGGCUAAGAAGAGGGAAAAAUCGUUGUGGAAUCGCGAAUUAUGCUGCUUAUGCUUUAGUCUAAUUGUAAAAGAAUUGUGUAUAUUGGAAACCUUUUAUUAUUUAUUUGAGAUGACAUUCAACAGUAUACUGAAACAUUUCGUUUUUUACAAAUUUAAAAAAUAUUAUAUUCAAAAACGUUAAUAAAUCUUUAACAUUGUCAAAUAUUUAUAGUCUAAUAUUAAUUUAUUAAUUGUACAUGAAAUUUUACAUACAUUAAAAGCAAUAAAAACGUGUAUUUGGACUCUUGUAAGAACUAAAAGAAAAUAUACAAACAAGAAUCAAAAAACUGUUGACAUGUAUCAUCAAAUUUUUACAGAACAUUGUUUAAAUUUGAAUACCCAUUAUGUCUCCAUUAAUCACAAUAGAAAAUGAAAAACAUCACUAUCUUUUAUAUAACUACGUUACUGCACCAGACU